UCUUCUUUGUGUUUUUGUUUCGUUCCUCGACAUGGGCAUUCGCAUUCGAAAAAAAAACUUUAAACUAAACGGACGACGCCGCUGACGACGGAAACGGCAAGGGCGGAUGAGUGUUGCGCGAGUUUAAUGGUUUUUUCGCUCCCGAAAAGCCAGUUUCUCCACAUUUCGUUAAAUAUAUUUAAGAAUUUUUAACCAAAAUCGACGCAAUUUCCGCCUGGAGAAAUGCAGUUGCAAGUGUAAUGUGCGGGAGUGGUGUGGAAUAAGGAAUAAGCGAGCAGGAAAAAGUCACGCGUGUGAUGUGUUGUUGUGGCUGCUACGAAUCGAAAAAAAAGUCAAAUCCAAAAGGCAAAGUGCAAAAGGCAGUCAAAAAUUAACACCAGACAAGUCGUACAACUAGGCAUGAGACAAACCCAGAAUUUCGGAAAAAAAUUAUAAAAGGUGUUAAGUGAAAUAAUGUGCAUUUAGAGGUGGAAUCGCGACGCAAAAGGCCCAAAGCAGCGCCAGCAGGCAGCAGCAGUUGCUAAACAUAUUGAACGUAGUGUGGCCAAGGCAGUAGAAGUAGUGCCGUUGUUGUUGGUCGUGUGUAUUUCUUUGUUUUGUUUGGUUUUCGUGUUCCCCCGCUCCAUAUCUUCUGUCGCGCUGACACUCGUUCGCUGCUGAGUGUUGGUGCGUGCGUGUGCAAGUGUGCAAGGACAACAAAAACGCACUUCAUUGGAAGAGGAAGCGAUUGAGAGCAUCAACAGCUGUGGCGGCGCUGCAACUGCAUCGCUCCUACAACCACAACAACAACGAUGGACACAUUUCGCAAGUGGCUGAACAAACCCAAGGCCGAUGACAAGUCGCUGCUGGCGCGCUUUUUCCAUGCCGAUCGAUCGCUGACGGCGGUGGCCAGCGAACUGGACAGCUUCGAUGGACGGGCAGAGCCGGAUCGAUGCUCCCGAUUGGUCAGCAGACUGCGACAGAAUCAGGACAAGGUGCUGUCGAUCACGAAUCUGAUUAUGGAGGAGCUGCUCGGCGAGGAUCGUGAUCCGCGCGCAUUUCGCGCCAAGUUUCCCGAGGAAGUGCUGCAGGAGAAUCUAGCCGGACAGCUGUGGUUCGGCGCCGAGUGCCUGGCGGCCGGCUCUUCGAUCAUGAAUCGUGAGGUGGAGAGCAAGGAGAUGCGACCUCUGGCCCAGGCCGUCACCAAGAGUCUGGGCAAUGUGCGGGUCCUCCUCAGAGAUCAAUGCCUGCGGAAUAAUGUCCCCAACAGCAAGACCCUCCAUCUGGACCUCAACGACUACACCACCGAGCAGCUGUACGAAAGCCUGAAGAUCUUCGAUCGCCUCUUUGCCGAGUUCGAGCUGAGCUACGUGAGCGCCAUGGUGCAGGUGAAAUCCCGUCACGAGUACGAGAUGCAGCAGUGGAUCGGUGUCCUCUUCUCGGAGACGCUGCAGCGUGCCCUGAAGAUCGGUCUGCUCGAUCAGGAUAUGGUGGAUGCCUUCGAUCCGGGUCUGAUGUUCUCCAUUCCACGUCUGGCCAUUGUGGCCGGGCUUGUGGUCUAUGCCAAGGGGCCGCUCGAUAUGGAUAUGCCGGGGGAUCAGCUGUCGGAGAUGUUUCGUCCGUUUCGCACGAUCCUGAUCAAGAUACGGGAUCUCCUGAGGAACCUCAACAACCAGGAGCUCUAUCAAUUGGAGAAACUCUUGUGCACCAAUGAGGAUAUCAACACAAAGGUGCCUGUGGGCUCCAGCAGCAUAGAGGCACCCACUCCAGAGCAUAGCUCCACUCCGACAACGAGCAGCAACAAUAACAACAACAACAAGAGCAGCAGCAGCAGCAGCAGUGGCACUGGCACUGGCCCUGGCAGUGGUGCUGGAACUGUGGAGCGACUGGUAGAUCAGCGGAAUAACAACAACAAUCAGCAGAAUAGCAACGAAUCAACGACGUUGCCGCCACGCUCUCCGUCCAUGUUGUCGCUAUCGGCCAGCAGUACGCCCACAGCAUCGCCGGCACCAUCGCCAACGCCCUCGCAUUCGAUUGCCUCCACGACAUCGUCGGCGGCCAGCAGCAACUCUACACAUCCCCCAGCCGAUUGGUCAGACGGCGAUGACGAAGAUGAGGAUGAGGAGGAGGACGAACUGGAGGAUACAGAGGAUGAUACAGAUGAGGAGCAGCUGCUCAAAGACAUUGUGGCCGCGGAUUGUGCCUCUGGGUAUCUUAUACCCAACACGAAUCUGGGAAAUCUACUGCAACCGCAACAGGUUCCACUCACGGAUAACUUCGUGGCCAGCGAAGAUGAUGAUGAGUACGGAACGGGGGACCAGCAGCAAGAGCAGCAGCAGCAGCAAGAGCAGCAGCAGCAGCAGCAGCAGCAAGAGCAGCAGCAGCAGCAGCAGCAGCAGCAGCAGCAGCAGCAGCAGCAGCAGCAGGGUCACAGAAAGGAGGACGAGGAGGAGCCCAGUACGAGCGCUGCAUUGCAGCGGCUGCGUAUAGCCAGCAGCGAUGACAGCGAACCACACAGAGACCAAGGAGAGACAAUCAAAUCGACAGAGGAACAGGAACAGCAGCAGCAGCAGGAACAGCAGACCCUCCAGAGCAGCCGCCAACGGCAUAGUCACAGUCACAGUCACAGUCAUCGCCAUCAUCAUCGCCACCACCAUCAUCACCAUCACUCGACGCACCAGCAACAGCUGCAACACCAGCCACACCAUCAUCAACCGCAUCCACAUCGUCUGACACGCAGCGGACGUAAGCGAUGCAGCAUGGAGGCCACCGUGGAGGUGGAACAGCAGGAGCAGGGCCUGGCCAGUGGCGACACUAGUGCCGCAUCCUCGCUCUCCGACGAUGUAUCGAUUGCGAUGCGCAACACCACGGCCCGCCUCAAGUUCAAGAGCACCGAAAAUCUACUGCAUCGUCUAUUCGUGUGCAUUGCUGGCGUUGCCGAUCAGCUGCAGACGAACUUUGCCUCCGACUUGCGGCAGAUAUUGCGCAGCGUGUUUCUCAUGAAUAUGUCGUCCGUGGAGGAGGAGCAGAUCGAGAUACCGGAAAAGACAAAGGAGUCGGAGCUGUUCGAGUUCCGUGCCUCCGAAAACGAUGUGAUACAGGAGAGCGCCGGCUCCAAUCAAAGCAUUUACUCAGCCGAGGAGGUUAAUCCAGAGCUGGACAAUGUGUUCAGCGCUGGCUCCCGUCACUCUGCCGGCGCCACAAUGCAGCGCAACAACACCAUUGAUAAUCCGAGCAGCAGCAACACCAGCAGCAGUUCCCCCACGACUCGCAACCAUGUGACGCGCAGUCGAAGUCUGGGUGAUCAGGAAACUAUUGCCAGGAGCGUGCCAGCGCCUGUGCACCAGCAGGAGCAGGAGAUGCAACAGCAGCAGGAGCACCAGCAGCAGCAGCACCAGCAUCAAGUGCAGGUGCAACUGCAGCGUCAGCGCAACAAUUCCGUGGGCAGCAAUACCCCCUCCAGCGCCUCAUCGACCAGUUCCAGCUCCGAACAGAAUUCCCCCGUGAGCACACGAAACGGCAGCAGCCGUCGCCGCCUGCAGAGCAACAACGAAACGCAAAUGCCUUCGUCCACAUCGACAGCAACAGCCGCGGCAACACUUGCGCCGCCAGCCUGGAUACCCGAUGGCAAGGCGCCACGUUGCAUGUCCUGCCAGACGCCCUUCACUGCCUUCCGGCGCCGUCAUCACUGUCGCAACUGUGGCGGCGUUUUUUGCGGUGUCUGCUCGAAUGCGACCGCCCCACUGCCCAAAUACGGCCUCACGAAGGCAGUGCGCGUCUGUCGCGAGUGCUAUGUGCGCGAGGUCCAGGUCCGCUCCUCCUCCACCACCACCACAAGCGUCAGCGUCAAUGUUGGCGUUCAAAUGCAGAGCCAGGCUGGACGAGUGCAGACGGCGACCGCCUCUUAGGACCGGCCAUUGGCGCUUUGCGGCGCAGCUGAUGACCAAAAAAUAAGUGACGCGAGCGGACGACGGCGAGGACGAGGGCGAGAAGAUGGAAAAGCAAACUGUGAAACGCAAUUGUUCUUCAAAAAUUGUUUUCUUUAUUUGAUACGUAAUCCUAAACCUAAAUCCAUGCACAAAGCGAGAGCUUGCAUAAAUAGAUCGAUCAGAUAUAUAUACUAUAUAUAAAUGACUAUACAUAAUCAAUGAAUUAUGUAUAUAUA